CUAGCAGGGCCUGCUGUGUGUAUGGAUUGAGUGAUACAACUGAUUGAGGAAGACUACAAAACGUGUCAGUUUGGGGAGGAUCGAGGGUCGACAUUCUUGGAGCAACUGCAACAUCGACAUCCUCAAUCAGUGAUAGCAUUCUUCAUAGACUUGAGGAGAGCAGUGCCGAAGCCGACGCCGAUAGUUCGAUCUUCACGUGCAGUUGCGCAAGUGAGAACAAUUCUUCAUCACUUAAUGAAGGCUCCUGGUGUUGUACAUCGAGUCGUGACGGAGGUGCUGGUAGUGGUGGUGGUACGAAAGUGCAAAAAUGUGAAGAGCGACGUCGGGGUUGUGCAGUCGACGCGACUCCGCGGAGAUGUCCAGGGCUUAAUUUUAUCGUGUUAGACGACUCUGCACCACCUCCGCGAAGGCGAUCGCUUUCUGCUCCCAGCGCGAUGAUGAGUAUCGAUGCCU